GUCGUCUUUUUCUUUUCCUGCCCUCUCUUCUUUUCCUGUAGCUCAUUCCUUCCUUCGAUCCCCCCAACGCCAAAUCGAAAGCCGAAAAAGAACAGAACAGCUGGUGGAGCGCAAAAAGGAAAAGCUAAAGACAGUAUUCUACCACAAAAAAGCCCUAAAAGAUGGCUGCAGUGCUGCCGUCUCUCCUCCUCUUCAUUCAUCCAGACACGACGGAGGAGGCCAUACAAGUAGCGAUGGUGCGUGACCCCUCCGUGACUUCUUUGCCUGGAACGAGAAGAAGAGAAGCGAGAAAGGAAAAGAAUUGAGGUAGGGCGAGAUGGCGAGCAGCAGCAAGCACGGAGGAGGGGAGGGCGCCGGUGUGCCUAAGGUGGUGAAAGCACCCUCUAGGAAGAUUACGCGGAUGCCGACGAUGCUGGACGUGCAGCAGGAGGAGGAUGCGCCUGCCCCGCCCGACAGCGAGCUCGUCCCCCCCUCCCUCAACGCCAUCGUACCCAUCCUCCGCGUCGCCAACGAUAUCGAGAGCCUCAACCCUCGUGUCGCCUAUCUCUGUCGCUUUCAUGCAUUUGAGAUGGCCCAUAAUUUGGAUCCUAAAUCAGAUAAGCGUGGUGUUCGUCAAUUCAAAACAUAUCUCUUACAUAGGCUGGAAAAGGAUGAAGAGGAAGUAAAGCCGCAACUUGCCAGAAGUGAUCCGAAAGAAAUACAAAGGUUCUAUCAGUAUUACUAUAAUGAUUUCAUCAAGGAAGGAUCUGCCAAAAGCAAACCCGAGGAGAUGACUAAACAUUAUCAGAUUGUAUCUGUAUUAUAUGAUGUGCUGAAAACUAUAGUACCUCCAGAUAAAGUUGAUGAUGAGAUAAAAAGGUGUGCUAGAGAAGUCGAGAGAAAGAAAAGUCACUUUACACCCUAUAACAUUCUUCCUCUUCAUGUUUCUGGUGGUGCAUCUGCAAUCAUGGAGCUUCCAGAGAUAAGAGCAGCAGUGAGUGCACUACGUAAAGUGGAUAAUCUUCCAAGGUCUAGACGACAGCCGUCUACCAGUUCACAGCCUGAAGCUGAUGGAAUCCUCGUGUUUGACGAUGGGGAAAGUUCUGUUCAUGAUUUACUCGACUGGCUUGGUUUAAAUUUUGGUUUUCAAAAAGGAAAUGUGGAUAAUCAACGUGAGCACUUGGUUUUGCUACUUGCAAACAUUGACAUGAAGAAAAAGGCUCUGGAAGAAUAUUCCCUUUUGGAUGCCAAUACGGUCGAAUCUCUGAAAAAGAAAGUCUUCAAAAAUUAUGAGUCAUGGUGUAAAUAUUUACAAUGUGAAUCGAACAUUAAAACAAUUUUGCCUGGUUCGAAUGAUCAAAGGCGUCUCAGUGAUGCUGAGUCACAACAGUUGGAGCUUCUUUACAUUGGAUUGUAUUUUCUUAUUUGGGGUGAAGCUUCCAAUGUUCGGUUUAUGCCUGAAUGUCUGUGUUAUAUCUUCCACCAUAUGGCAGAUGAGCUCUAUGGAACUAUAAUUGGCAAUGUCAAGUCUGCUAGUGGAGGUGUUUUUGAACCUGCAUAUAAAGGUGAAAGGUCAUUUUUGCGGGAUAUUGUGACUCCCAUCUACAACGUCCUGCUUAAGGAAGUCCAAAGGAGCAAAAGCAGUACUCUUAGCCAUUCACGAUGGAGAAACUAUGAUGAUCUGAAUGAAUAUUUUUGGUCCAAAGAUUGCUUUGAUAAAUUGGGAUGGCCAAUGGAUACUCGCGCGGACUUUUUCAUGGAUUCAGUGUCCAUACACCCAAAAAUUGAUGAUAAGUUUUUUGCAGAUUCAGAGGCCAUACACCGAAAAACUGAGGUUAAGUUUUUCACAGAUUCAGAGGCCACACACCCAAAAACUAAGAAUGACCAAUCUCUUAGAGGAAAGAGGAAACCCAAAACAAAUUUUGUUGAAAUUCGUACUUUUUGGCACUUAUUCAGAAGUUUUGAUCGCAUGUGGACAUUCUUUAUAUUAGCCUUCCAGGCCAUGCUCAUCAUUGCAUGGAGUCCCUCGGGAUCACUGACAGCAUUGUUCGAUCCAGAUGUUUUUAAAAGUGUUUUAAGUAUCUUCAUAACUGCUGCACUGCUAAAUUUUUUUCAAGCUGCUCUUGAUAUUAUACUUAGCUGGAAGUCAUGGGGAAGCAUGCAAUGCAGCCAAAUAUUUCGAUACUUACUAAAGUUUGCAGUAGCAACUGCAUGGAUAAUAAUUCUUCCAUUAAGCUAUUCUAGCUCUGCCCAGAAUCCUACAGGACUCACAAAAUUCUUUAGCAACUGGGCAGGCGAUUGGAGAAGUCAGUAUCUUUACAGUUAUGCAAUUGUCAUAUACAUGUUACCAAAUAUAUUGGCUGCUAUGCUGUUCAUGCUUCCACCUCUUCGGAGGGCCAUUGAACGCUCCAAUAGGGUUGUUAUUAUUUUUCUCAUUUGGUGGGCACAGCCACGGUUAUAUGUAGGAAGGGGCAUGCAUGAAGGCAUGUUCUCGCUUCUCAAAUAUACACUUUUCUGGAUUCUGUUGCUCAUCAGCAAACUUGCAUUUAGUUACUAUGUUGAGAUAAACCCUCUGGUUGAACCAACCAAGACAAUAAUGGAUUUAGGAGCUGGAACGUAUGAAUGGCAUGAAUUCUUUCCAUACUUGCAACAUAAUAUUGGUGUUGUUAUAACUAUAUGGGCACCAAUUGUCCUGGUUUAUUUUAUGGAUACUCAAAUAUGGUAUGCUAUUUUCUCUACUAUAUUUGGGGGUAUUCAUGGGGCAUUCAGCCACCUGGGUGAGAUCAGGACAUUGGGAAUGCUAAGGUCUAGAUUUGAGUCAGUGCCAUCUGCUUUUACUGACCGCCUUAUGCCAUCAUCGGAGAAUGAAUUAAAAGGAAAUCAGGAAGAGAUUGAGAGACGGAACAUAGACAGGUUUUCUCAUAUAUGGAAUGCAUUCAUAGACUCUCUACGGGAUGAGGACUUAAUCAGCAAUAAGGAGAAAGACUUGCUGCUUGUGCCAUAUUCUUCAGGCAAUAUAUCUGUUGUACAGUGGCCUCCUUUUCUUCUUGCGAGCAAGAUUCCCAUAGCACUUGAUAUGGCAAAAGAUUUCAAGAGAAAAGGUCAAGGGGAGUUAAAAAAGAAGAUAAAAUACGACAACUACAUGUUUUCAGCAGUAAUCGAAUGCUACGAGACAUUAAGAGAUAUUCUUAUCAACCUUUUGAAUGAUGAAAAGGAACGAAUAAUUAUAAGUCAGAUUUGCUCUAAAGUUGACUCCAGUAUUGAUGAUAAUAGUUUUCUUGAGAGUUUCCAAAUGAGUGAGCUGCUCCAGCUCAGCAACAAAUUGGAGAAGCUGCUAAAUCUUUUGAAACUUGAAUAUGGGGAAAUUGAAUCAUUUAAGACACAGAUCAUCAAUGUGCUGCAAGAUAUAAUGGAGAUCAUUACACAGGAUGUGAUGAUUAAUGGACAUGGCAUAUCUGGGGUAGCAUAUGAAUCAGAUAGGAAGCAAAUGUUUACAAAUUUAAGGCUAGAACUAAUGGAGGACAUAUCCUGGAGGGAAAAGGUUGUGAGGCUCCAUUUGCUUUUAACAGUCAAAGAAUCUGCAAUAAAUGUUCCAAUAAAUCUGGAUGCUCGCCGUCGAAUUACUUUCUUUGCCAACUCCCUGUUUAUGAAGUUGCCGGAUGCUCCAAAAGUUCGUAACAUGUUCUCUUUCAGUGUCUUGACUCCUUUCUAUAAAGAAGAAGUUCUUUACUCCGAGGAGGAACUUAGAAAACAAAAUGAGGAUGGGAUAUCAAUAGUGUUUUAUCUGCAGAAAAUAUAUCCAGAUGAGUGGAGGAACUUCUGCGAACGCAUAAAAAGUGACCCAAAUGAUGAAGAAUUAAAGAAUCAUAUGGAUGACUUACGUCACUGGGUUUCUUACAGAGGCCAGACUCUUUCUCGAACAGUGAGAGGUAUGAUGUACUACAGACAGGCUCUUAAGCUUCAGUGCUUCCUAGAUAUGGUGCAGGAUCGUGGUCAGUUAUCAUCUAUUUUGGGGGACCGGAGGACACUCUCACUAGAACAACAUACUGAUGACCAGAAGAAUCUUCAUGCACGUUCACUUGCUAUUGCUGAUAUGAAAUUCACCUAUGUUGUAUCAUGUCAGGUUUAUGGAUUGCAGAAAAAAUCCCGUGAAGCUAAGGACAGAAGUUGCUACAAUAAUAUUCUUAACCUCAUGCUUAAGUUUCCAUCAUUACGUGUUGCUUAUAUAGAUGAGAUUGAAGAAAUUGUGGGUGGAAAACCACAGAAGAUUUACUAUUCUGUUCUUGUUAAGGGCACUGAUAAGCACGAUGAGGAAAUUUAUCGCAUCAAACUACCCGGGAAACCAACAGAUAUUGGUGAAGGGAAACCAGAAAACCAGAAUCAUGCAAUAAUUUUCACCAGAGGGGAAGCACUUCAGACCAUUGAUAUGAAUCAGGAUAAUUACCUGGAAGAAGCAUUCAAGAUCAGAAAUACUUUGGAAGAGUUCGGACGUAAGCAUCGGCCCACAAUAUUGGGUCUCCGUGAGCAUAUCUUCACUGGAAGUGUUUCUUCUCUUGCCUGGUUCAUGUCCAACCAGGAGACCAGCUUUGUGACUAUUGGGCAAAGAAUUCUGGCAAACCCUCUCAAGGUUCGCUUUCAUUAUGGACAUCCUGAUAUUUUUGAUAGAAUAUUUCACCUUACUAGAGGCGGCAUAAGUAAAGCAUCGAAAACCAUAAAUCUGAGUGAGGAUAUUUUUGCAGGAUUUAACUCAACUUUACGUGGGGGAAAUGUUACACAUCGUGAAUAUAUACAAGUCGGCAAGGGACGUGAUGUGGGAAUGAAUCAAAUUUCCCUUUUUGAGGCAAAGGUGUCAAAUGGAAAUGGGGAACAAACAUUGAGUCGUGAUGUUUAUCGUUUGGGACGAAGGUUUGACUUCUAUAGAAUGCUGUCCUUUUACUUCACCACAGUGGGAUUCUAUUUUAGCAGCAUGGUAACUGUACUUACUGUCUAUGUGUUCCUAUAUGGGCGGCUAUAUUUAGUUAUGAGUGGUUUAGAAAGGUCAAUUUUGGAGGAUCCACGCAUUCAGCAAAAUAGCAAGCCUCUUGAAAAUGCUCUUGCUUCACAAUCGGUCUUUCAACUGGGCUUGUUACUGGUACUGCCGAUGGUAAUGGAAGUUGGUUUAGAGAAGGGAUUUCGGACAGCUAUUGGUGAAUUUAUAUUAAUGCAGCUGCAACUGGCCCCCGUUUUCUUUACCUUCCAGCUUGGAACUAAAGCCCAUUAUUAUGGGAGGACAAUACUGCAUGGAGGUGCAAAAUAUAGAGCUACAGGUCGUGGUUUUGUGGUAUUUCAUGCAAAGUUUGCUGAUAACUACCGGAUGUACUCCCGCAGCCAUUUUGUUAAAGGAUUGGAACUGUUGAUACUGUUGGUUGUCUAUGAAGUAUAUGGAUAUUCAUAUCGAAGCUCAACUUUAUACCUGUUCGUCACGUUUUCUAUGUGGUUUUUGGUGGCUUCAUGGUUAUUUGCACCUUUUGUAUUCAAUCCUUCUGGAUUUGAUUGGCAGAAGACAGUUGACGAUUGGACAGACUGGAAAAAAUGGAUGGGAAACCGUGGAGGGAUUGGUAUUCCAAUAGAUAGUAGUUGGGAAUCAUGGUGGGAGAGUGAACAUGAGCAUUUGAAGCACACCAGUAUACGUGGCCGCGUUCUCGAGAUCAUCCUGGCUCUACGCUUCUUGCUCUUCCAGUAUGGAAUUGUUUACCACCUUAAUAUAGCUCAUCACAGCAAAAGCGUGCUGGUUUAUGGACUGUCAUGGCUGGUGAUGUUGACUGUGCUAGCAGCUCUGAAGAUGGUUUCCAUGGGGAGGCGACGGUUUGGUACUGAUUUCCAACUUAUGUUCCGCAUCCUCAAAGGUCUUCUCUUCCUCGGGUUUGUAUCGGUCAUGACCGUGUUAUUCAUCGUCUGUGGGCUGACGAUAUCAGAUGUCUUUGCUGCAUUGCUGGGCUUCAUGCCAACCGGCUGGUUUCUCCUUUUGAUUGGGCAAGCAUGCAGACCUCUUUUUAAGAAGACGGGAUUCUGGGAUUCCAUCAAGGAGCUGGGGAGAGCAUACGAGUACGUAAUGGGACUCUUAAUCUUUGUGCCGAUCGUUGUCCUGUCGUGGUUCCCCUUCGUUUCCGAGUUCCAGACUCGCUUGCUGUUCAACCAGGCAUUUAGUCGUGGUCUGCAGAUCUCCAUGAUUCUUGCUGGCAGGACGGACAGCGUUAUAAGAAUCGCCUGAGCUUUCAUGCCGCAGCUGACCUCCGGCAAACUGGUUGUAUGAUUUCUGAAUUCAACAGAGUGAAAGGUGUUCCAAGCACAAAUUUGUUUUUGUAUUUAGGCAAGAAAUUACAGCCUGCCUACUCGAUGGAUUCCAAUAUCUAUUUUCUUGGUGUUUGCUAAUAAUAUGACUUAAAGAUCGUGUCUGAUGUACUCAAUUAAGCCUUAAAUAUGUUAUCCUUA